UUAGUGUCGUAAAUAAGGUUUUUAUAGGUUUCAUAUCGAAAUUUGAGAAAAAAAGCUCUCGCUUUUAGAAAAAUGUUGAGUCACAAACACUCCUAAAAUUCCCUAAUUGUACCUGUUUCUCAACAGUGUUUACAAAAUGGCGGAUUGUUGGUGGAAUUUAAAUCCUCCGUUGAGUGAGAAAACUUUGGAGGUUUUAGAUGAGAUCGGUUUUAAAACAAUGACACCAGUUCAAAGAGUGGCAAUUCCUUUAUUUUUGACCAACAAAGAUGUUGCUGCCGAGGCCGUUACUGGUUCUGGAAAAACUCUGGCUUUUGUUAUUCCAAUCAUUGAAAUACUUGUUAAACAACAUAAGGAAAGAAAAUGGAAACUCCAUGAUAUUCUUGCAAUCAUUGUUACUCCAACAAGAGAACUUGCCAUCCAAAUUGAUGAAGUUUUACAACUGUUUACAAAGCAGCUCUCAUUUUUGAGGCAAAGUUUAUUUAUUGGAGGAACAAAUCCACGUCAAGUUGUACGAAAGUUUAAGAAAGAUGGUGGUAAUAUAAUAAUUGCAACUCCUGGAAGGCUGGAUGACAUUUUUUGUCACAAACCUGAUGGCUUAGAUCUUGCUGCUUGUGCUAAAACCUUGGAAGUGCUGGUUUUUGACGAAGCAGAUCGUCUUUUAGACAUGGGGUUUGAGAAAAGCAUCAACAGCAUCCUUGGUUUUUUGCCAAAGCAAAGACGUACGGGAUUGUUCUCGGCAACCCAAACAGAUGAACUGGAAGCGCUCGUUAGAGCAGGAUUGCGCAACCCUGUCCGCAUUACUGUCAAGGAGAAAAAUAGCACUACUAAGGUUAACCAAAGAACGCCUGUUUCGUUAGAAAAUUAUUACUCGGUGGUGUUGCCUGAAGAGAAAAUGUCGCGGUUGAUUGCGAUGCUGAGAAAAAACAAGGACAAGAAGGUGAUCAUUUUCUUCAGUACAUGUGCAAGCGUUGACUAUUUCACCGUGCUUUUAAAGAUAUUCCUGAAAGAUACAACAGCGAUGUCGCUACAUGGAAAGAUGAAAAACAAACGAUACAAAAUCUUCGAUGCGUUCAGAAAACUACCGAGCGGCGUAUUGGUGUGUACUGAUGUAAUGGCGAGAGGUGUUGAUAUACCCGAAGUUCACUGGGUAAUUCAGUUCGACCCACCAAGCAAUGCAAGUGCAUUCGUUCAUCGCUGUGGAAGAACAGCAAGACUUGGGAAACAAGGAAACGCCCUUCUUUUCUUAUUACCAAGUGAAGACAGCUACGUGGAAUUCUUAGCAAUUAAUCAAAAGGUUGUUUUGCAACAAUACGAGUUGGAUGAAGUCUCAGACGUCAUUCCUAAACUAAGAAAACAUGCAAUUAAAGACAGAGAAAUUUACGAGAAAGGUAUCCGAGCUUUUGUCUCCUUCAUCCAAUCCUACAGCAAACACCAGUGUAGUUUGAUCUUUAAUCUCAAAGAAUUGGAUAUUGGAAAAUUAGCGUACGGGUAUGGGUUGCUGCAUCUACCGCGCAUGCCCGAACUAAAAGGGCGGGAAACUGUGAACUUUGACCCCGUCGAUGUCGACCCUGUGUCAAUACCGUAUAAGGACAAAAUCCGAGAAAAACAGAGGCAGUUAAAACUAGAACAAAAUAAAGUGGAAAUUCCGCAAACCAGGAGACCCAAGCGGAAAACGGAGAAUGAAGCCUGGUCUAAGAAAAAAGAGAAGUUGAAGAGAAAGGAUUUGAAAAAAAAGUUGGACAAGGAAAAUGAGAUUAGUAGAAAUAAGAGGAAGUUGAAUAAAUUAAACGAACAGGAAAUGGAUGAACUGACCAAAGAGGCGAGGUUAGUGAAGAAACUGAAGUCUGGGAAAAUAACCAAGGUGGAGUUUGAAAGACAGGUUGGAGACGAUGAUGAUAAACUGGAGUGAGGAAAUGUUCAGGAACAGUUUGCGUAAUAAUCGGGCUCUCUCAAUGAUGACGUAUCACAAAAGUUGUCGGACAUCUUGGAUGGCGUAAGCCUUUUUCAUAAUCGAUUACUACACACCCUUGCACUUUAUAAUCUUCCGAAAGAUGUUAGCCGCGGUACCACGAUCUCAGUGGCAUUCUGUGUUUGUUUUUCUUUGAACUAACAGUAUUUUUACUCGCCAUCAAAAUGGCAGAAGAUAAAAUUUAAUAUUAUGACCUAUGACGUUCCUUGCAAGAGCCCAAUAGGCAUAUUUGGCUAACGUUUGUUUACAUUGUCGAUACUUGAUUAAGAAGCGGAUAAUUGAGUAUCGUUCACUCUUGUAAAUAUUUUGCCUAGUUACCUCACAAUAAACAAACGCUUGCCAAAAUUGGUCUGCUACACUUCAACUUCGCAUUUUGCGGUUAAGUUCUAGUCAAAGAAGAAAUGGUAAGAAAUAAUUUCUCUCAUUUGAACGAGUUUUAAAACUAUAUAAAGUAUUCUUGCACCGUUUCACAAAUAUUUUGUUCGAAGGAAUUCUAUGUCUGCCGAUACUUGACAAUUCAUUUACUCCCAUGAUAACUUUGAUUGCUUUAUUAAUACAAUUAAUUCCAAGAUGGUA